AUGAGAUUCGGCACAACUUUAGUUCAAGGUAUACUAUUAUCAAGUGUCAUUGCUUCACCAAUUGCUUCCCCUGACGUUGCAGACGCUGAAAGUUUAGUUAUAGACUCUAAUAAUUCCACUGAUACCUUCAAGACUGAAGGUGGUGGUAAGCUUUGUUUUGGAGUGGUCUUUGUGAAGGUUCUUCAGCCUCAAAAUGUAUUACUGCUACAAAAAAAGAAGGUAUAA